AUGAGAAGUUUGGCGAGUACUGCGUUGUUAGUGUCGGGUGUGGCGCUGGCGGGUGAGAGGGUACCUGUGUACGUGUACGUGGACGACUGGACGUAUACGGGGUCUGGAUUGGCUGAUGAGUUGGUGAAGUUGUCCAAGGACGGGCAGGUUAGUCACAUCAUUCUGGCGUUUUACUUGCAAGGGAACGCGCAGUUCCCGGACAACACUGCGGACACGGUGUUGGCGUGGAGCAACAUGUCGGACGCGGAGCGGUCGAGUUGCGUGGCGACAUUGCACAGUCAGGGGACGCAGUUGUUAUUUUCGAACGGUGGUGCAAGUGAGGAGGCUAACUGGCUGAGUGUGGACCCGGUGCAGUAUGCAACAGAUGUCUGUAAGUUGGGUCAGACCCUUGGACUCGAUGGCGUUGACUUCGACAAGGAGGGUAUCGGCAGCACGACGGACGACGUGUACCAGUGGAUGAGCACGGCCACCAAAACGUGCCGUGAUAUAUGGCCCGGUGCCAUCAUCACGAGUGCGCCGCAGUCACCCUUCCUCAUCAACCCCGCUGGCAAGAUCUGGACCGAUCUCACGCAGGACGGAGUCGGCCACGACCACUACCUCAUCCAAUACUACAACCAGGGCUCCUGGUACCAAGACACCACAUACGAAGGCCUCUUCCACAACUCGGGUCAGGGGACCGUCAACGAACUAUGGGACCGCUACCCCUCCGCCGAUAAGAGCACCUUCGUCGUCGGCAAACCUUAUCUGACCGAAGACGCCAGCAACGGGCAAGUCGAACUCGGCGAACUACGCACCAUCAUCUGCAAAGCCUGGACCGACGACGGCUACCGCGGCGGCAUCAUGUUCUGGAAGGCACACCUCGGUCAAGACUACACUGGCUUCGCCAAGUUCGCCGCACCCUGCGACGGCUCGCAACCCGACAACACUACCGCAGCACCUACCACCGCACCUACCACCGCACCUACCACCGGCAAGACUACCGCACCCACUACCCCACCCACCACCGGCGCUACCACUGCGACCACUGCUCCCAUGACCACCAACCCUAACGGGAACUCCGGAGGCACCUGCAACGUCCUAGCGGAUUGCCAGGCCGCCGUCGGCGGCGUGAGCAGCGCUUACGACCUCUACUGCCAGAACCUGUGUGAACGCUACACCAGCGACCUCGCAGCUUACUGCCCCAGCAAUAACACACCCGGUGGCCUCCGGACGUGCGUGGUCAAGCAACAGGCCGCGUGUGUACUCAAAUAA